GGUCACUUACCAGUAAUAAUUUGUACUAAAAUUUAAGGUUUAAACAUAAUGUUCCUCUUUCAGUCUGGCAGCUCAGUAAUCCAGAUACAGAUUCUGAACAGUUACAAAAUUAGUUGAUACAUUUCUUGGUAGCUUUUAUGGAAUGUUAGACAAAAACAAUGAAACAUAAAAGGAAAUUGAAAAAAUAGCCUUUAUUCCUCAUGGACGAUUGGAAAACACCCCCCUGUAAAACCUAUAUUUUAAACAAUCUGUUUAUUUUGUUGUACUAAAACCUCCCUGUUAAUCCUUGCUGUUUUUGCGUUGUAAAAAGAAAUAGGAGAGUGUGGAAUUCUGCUCUUCCUGUUCUCAUUUGAGUGUCUGAUUCCAUUAGAAAAUACCCUGAGCUUGUGCUGGUAACCUACAUAUGCUGACUUAGUAGCUCUCCUGUUCCUCCUUGGCUUUAUCAGUGGCUGCUGCAUAUUUGUUAAGUUGAUAGAGGCCACAUACAAGGGGAGUGGAAUGUAAAUGCAGUAGUGUGACUGCAGCCUGCACUGACCACUUGACUCGCAGCACAUUCAUUGCCUCCUGUUGGUGUCUGACAUACUGAAAAGACAGCUGGAAACUACAGCCCUGCCAUCAAGCUUCUGUGUUUCUCAACUUUUUUUCCCCCUCCCAGAACUUUAGAAGCUUUGUUUUAUAUAUAGUGUCUGUGCAGCAUUAAAGAGGCUCAACCUGUUGGUUAAUGAGUACUGUGCAGAGCUUCUGGGACAUCUCUCUGAAAGGGCAGCACCCUUUUUGACUUUGUAAGUACAGUCACUGCAAGCCAGUGUUCAUGGAACAUGAGAUUCAAGCUGUUCCGGCUCUUGGUGAAUUGCAGCAUUAAUACAGAGCCUCACAAGCGGUCGAUUUUAUAUCUUUUUGGGGAACGGAAACCUAUUUCCUCCGUGGAGAGUAUUUCUAGACGGUGGGAGUUUUCAACAGUCUAGAUCAUUUUUUUUUUUUUAAUGAAAUCUGGAAGCAUGAGGCUGAAAGAGAUCUCCUUAAGGCAAGACCCGGACCUGAGAAAGGAAUUGGCAUUAUUGGCCCGUGGAUGUGAUUUUGUCUUGCCGUCAAGAUUUAAAAAAAGGCUUAAGGCUUUUCAGCAAAUCCAGGUCCAUCCAAAAAAGGAAGAGCCAUUGACACCUGCCUUGAGCCAAAACAUUCCAAAAUUUUACUUUCCUAAGGGAUGCCCAAAAACUAAUUUUAAUAUUGAUGGCAUCAUUUCAAAGAUAGAGAAGACCUUUUCGGACUUUCCUCUUGAAAGAGCGACUCUGGAAGACAUGGGGAAAGUAGCCAAGGCUUGUGAAUGCCCAAUGUAUUGGAAAGCACCAUUGUUUUAUGCAGCUGGUGGAGAAAGGACCGGAUACGUUUCUGUUCAUAAGUUCAUAGCAGUCUGGCGAAAGAUCUUGCAGACUUGCCAUGAUGAUUCUGCAAAAUUCAUGCAGCUACUUGCAAAACCCGGAUGUAAUUAUUUGGAACAGGAAGACUUCAUUCCAUUUUUACAAGAUGUAGUGAACACUCAUCCACAUUUGACAUUUUUGAGUGAAGCUUCAGAAUUUCAUUCCCGUUACAUUACCACAGUAGUUCAAAGAAUUUUCUAUCAGGUGAAUAGGUCGUGGUCUGGACGUAUCACAUGUUCAGAGCUCAGGAAAAGUAAUUUCUUGCAGCAUGUUGCAUUACUGGAGGAGGAAGAUAUAAACCAAUCGGCAGAUUACUUUUCCUAUGAGCACUUUUAUGUUAUAUACUGCAAAUUUUGGGAGCUUGACUCAGACCAUGACUUGUACAUUGAUGAAAGCGAUCUUGCCAAGCACAAUGAUCAUGCAAUAUCAAGUCAUGUUAUUCAAAGAAUAUUCUCAGGCGCAGUAACACGAAACCGAAAAGUUCAUAAAGAAGGCAAGAUUAGUUAUGCUGAUUUUGUUUGGUUUCUGUUAUCUGAAGAGGACAAGAAGACACAGACAAGCAUAGAAUACUGGUUUCGCUGCAUGGAUUUGGAUGGUGAUGGCGUAUUGUCUAUGUAUGAGCUGGAGUACUUCUAUGAAGAGCAGUGUCAGAAGAUGGAAAGCAUGGCCAUUGAGCCCUUGCCUUUUGAGGAUUGCCUUUGUCAGAUGUUGGAUUUGGUCAAGCCACAAACUGAAGGCAAAAUCACUCUCCAUGACUUGAAGAAAUGCAAGCAAGCAAAUAUUUUCCUUGACACCUUCCUUAACCUGGAAAAAUACCUUGACCACGAGCAGAAAGACCCCUUCUCUGUAUUGAGGGUUGGAGAAAAUGAAGGGCAGGAGCUGUCUGACUGGGAGAAGUAUGCAGCUGAAGAAUAUGCCGUCUUGGUAGCAGAGGAAGCCGCAAAUGAACAGUGGAAUGAUGGGUAUGACGCCGAGCUGAAUCUUCUGGAUGUUCCAGUGGCAAAUGCGGAUGAUAAAAGGCCUUUCUUUGAGUUGCCGUCCCAUUCAUCAGAAGUCGACUUGGAAGAAUACGAGUAUGAAGAUGACUUUGAAUAACUGCGCUUGGCGUAAGGUUUCCCUGCAGCAGGACUGCCAUGUUCUCUUUUGGAAACUAUGGGAUGAAGAACAAGUUACAAGUCGACUGCAGCAGCAAGGCGUCAUGUUUUUGUAUAUUUUUAAUUUAUUGCCAAAAUAUUUAUUAUUGUUUUGCUGUGUGAUUUCCAGUAAUGUGCUGCCAUGAUAUGGCUCUACUUGUGUUCCUACUGUUUCAUGUCAUAUUUCCAAGGCUUGUAGAUGUUUCCGUGCAGUGUUGCUCUUUCAUGAUAUGUUUAAUUCAUCAUAAUUAAUUCUCUGGGGAAGUAGCGCAGUCCUUUAUUAUAUGCUGCAGCCAAUAACAAGGCAGCCUGUUACAGAAGUGAAUGAAAUACAUUUCACUUGGUAAUUAUAGGCCAAUAGAACAUGAUACAUUUUCCCCAAAAAUAAUGUAACAUUGGUGUCAGCAGCAGUGCUGAACAAUUGGAAUCAUGGAAGGGUCACUUAUGUGAUUCACUUGGUUCCUCUGGGUAAACACCAAUGCGAAGUUUCUUUAUAAUAUUUUGUCGUCCACGCUGGAGGAGAUUAAGAGUGGGCUGCAACGCACCAUUGCCCAAAGGAGCUGAGCAGUCAUGAUGGCAAUGAACUGAUGUGUCCAUGUAACUGUUUUAUUCAUAGAAUUGAAUCUUCAGGUUUAGUUGUCACAUUCCAUUACGCGCAAAUAAUGCCAACGGUAAGCCUUAAAUAUUGCCUUCUCCACCAGGAAAUGACAUGUCCAAACUACUUUCUUGUUUUUCUUAAAUGUACAUAAUGUAAAUUGUGAUUUUCAGCAUUUUAUAACAAUGAAACUUUCAUUGGG